CCUCGAUGAAAAUGACAACACAGCGCCGCACAGCGUAUCGCUAUAUGUGUAGAGCUUCCGCUGACAGCUCGCUGAUUAACUGUUUUGUUUUGGAUUCAACUGUUGUUGUAGUGGAUUUUACUCGCCAUCUCACAGCUUGCACGUUAGGAAUUGAGUCUACACGUGGUCGUCGGGUGUGAAGCUUUAGGUGGACCCAUGAAGCCCUCAAUACAUCAUCUUGGAUAUACACAAAGUUGUAAAACCUAACGCUGGGCAAAUAUGCUGCCCCCAAAAUACUGGAUAUCGAUAUUAUUAACUUUGUGGAUUACUGAGGUUUCUGACGGGAACCCACAGGACCGGGCCUCAAAAAGCAAGACCAAAUGUGUGAUUACCUCCCCUUUUGACUCUCCCUUCGUGAAGGCCCAUUUGAUGAACUACACCAUGGGGAAGGGAUGUACCACCAAUAUGACCUCCAACAAGGGACAGGAAGUCCAUGUCAUCAAUGUCAAGGUCAAAGAGAAACGGAUUCAGGUCAAUCUGCGUGUGGAACCAAUGAGCAUCCUCGAUCCAGAUAUUAUUGACAAGUUCCAGCGCCCUCUGGUGUUUGUGUUGUAUUCCCAACUUGCUGUAAAAUGGAAGGUGGAACUUGUUGGACUUACCUCAACCACCCGUAAACAUCUCUUUGUGGUGCCGGAGCAUUCUUCAAUACGCAUCAAGAAGAGCAAACUCGGGAGACGGGUCAGAGACCGCAAAUUAAAAAUGCCUGCCACCUCAAAUCGCCAGGAGCUGGUGUCAUGGACUACACUCCGCUACAAGGCUGUGACGUCAUAUAGCGAGUUGGAGGGGACCAGUCUACUGUUUAGAGUGGGACUAGUUGCUGGUUCAGGCGAUGAGUGCAAUAUCACGGAGCUGGGAGACAGUCCUCACGCCGUGACGUCACACAUACAGGCCCAGCCCACCGCGGGAUGUGUGUCAGAGGUCAAGAAGAUACUGAUGGCAAGGCCUGUCUAUAUCAUUGAACUGCUGAAUGAGCCGCCAGAUUCCUUCCUGAAACGAGACACUCGCAUGGAGCUGGAGGUGACAUCGGUGAACAACGAACCAAUCAACAAGGACUUCUACCUCAUCCUCAAGUCCCCCUCCUCACUCAAGUGGGCCGUCCGCAGUCGGAAAGUACAGGGAUGGAUUGAAAUUGUGACGGACGCAGAUGUGGACUUGAAGGGAAUCCGGAUGCACACCGUGGCGCUCCGUCGGGAGGUGAUGAACGCGACCGGCCUGGAACUGAUUGCGUGGGCAGAUUACUACCUGGCUCCAGUAGAGGCCUACACACAGAUAAGACAAGCCAAUCGGAUCCGGCUACUCAUCUCGCCCAACUCCAAGCGAGUGCCUGACCAGCAUCGAUGGUCCCUGCACGAUAACCCACCUGGCCGGAGUGAAGGGGGGAUUGGUCCAGGAUCGGAUGGGGGGGACUCCCCCGACCACUUGAAGCGUGCAAUACACACACAGUGCAAAGAUGGCCGCAUGGAAAUCUCCAUCCCCAACAAUCUGCUUCAGGAGAAUGGUUUGGUCAAGGAGCAGAUAACUCUGCUCAACCCGUUAUGCGGAGCGGUGGAGAACUCAACCCAUGUCAUACUGAAGACUGCUCUGAACAAAUGCAACACCAAGUAUCUUCAAGUUGAUGAUGAAAAUGUCUUUUCCAAUGCGAUUGUGAUCCACUCCUCUGAGGUGACAGAUCCUCUGAUGGAGGAGGAACUUGGCAGCGCCGUGCUCGACAACUCCGAGAUGUCGGGGUCGGGAUCACAUGACCUGACUGAGGCAACUUAUGUGGAUGAUGAGGACUUCCAUUCACACAGCAUGGAGAUCGAUGUGAAGUGUCAGGUUCCCCUCACUACAGAGCCCCCUUCUGCUCCACCUCAGGGAGGACUGGACUACCAGCUGCAGCUGUACCGCAACGACCUCUUCCUGCAGUCGGAACACAACACGCGCAUGUCCAUGCCGAGGAGAAGCCGGCUGUAUGUCCAGGCUUCAAUCACUGCCAUCUCUCACCUUGACGUCAGCGUCCUCAACUGCUGGGUUACGCCUGCGUCUACUUUCAGGGACAAGGAUGCCUCACGGAUCGCCAUCAUACGCAACGGGUGUCCCCAGGAAGCCUCCGUCAUGUGGCACAACAUCCCCAACAGCGUGCCCUACGGCUCGUUGUCUGUGUACCGGUUCAGUUUCCAGGUGCGCGACUAUUUCCUCAACAACCAGCACACCUACCUGCACUGUCAGAUAGCUGUAUGUCUCAAAGGGCCGCAGGCGGCAAGCUCAAGCAUACCGAAGUGUGUAAGAGACUCGGAGAGAAAUUGUGAGCAGACCUCCAACAUCGUCGGUCAAUUCUCAACUAAGUCCAUUAUUGGCGACAAGUUACUCGUUGCAGGACCUUGGGAAGUAACUGGCAAAGACUUACAAUUACCUGGUGGUGGUACAUCAGACCCGAAGAAAGAAGAAGAAAACACAUCCAAUAAUUCAGGGAAAUCUUCAAACGCUGAUAAAAUAGAAGGCAGCACACAGCCCCAGCAGAGCAUCAUAAUAGAAGGCCUGGACUCUGCCACUGUUGUGGGCAUUGCCUUUGCAGCAUUUGCUAUUGGUAUCCUGUUAACAGGUGCCCUGUGGUUCAUACACACACAUACAGGGCCUGCCAAGCAAGGUGUUAGCUCUCAAGGCUCAGCUGAAACCAGCGGGGAAUCCACUCCAAAUUCCUCGUCACCUAUUUCAGCGUAGCCCUGGGAGCAAGGCAACAGAUUGUGGACUGUACCAAUGCAACUAUAAAUGUUCGGAGAAACGGGUAGCCCAAGGUCACGCCCACCAACUGUGGGUUUAUUAUGUCUUGCCAACAUGCUGAUAUAGUGCCGCCAACCAGACUCUCAACAACGGUUUAACUAAGCUGUGGCGAGCCCUUGCAGCCGGCACAAGCAAACAACUGCUUCGUGUUGGCUCUCAACUGACUGUCCCCCCUGGGGUGUUAUGAUUAUUAUUAUUAUUAUAUUAUUAUUAUUAUUAUUAAUAUUAUAUGGAAGCAUUUUUGUAGUUGGACUAAGGUGCGCAUCAUUAUUUCAGGGAUUUCAAAUUACAAACACUUGACUUUGUGUGCAUCUGUCUGACGACAUGAGACUUGACACUGCUCUGUAAACUACAGUAGGCCAAAUGAUUUGUGUGCCGGCGAUGUGCUGGCUCUACCUUCAUGGCCAGUAUGGUGGUGAAUUCAGGUCAGGGAUGAAGUUUGUGUGAUCAGGUAACCGUGGCAACGUCUGCUCUGUGAAUGGGAAUUAUUUUGUGAGUUAUUGUGAUUGUGGCAGCAGAUGAGCUUAAUGUGGACCCGGUGAUGUAUAUGUGUGACGCACUGCAAGACAAGGGCAGCAGAAUUGUUCUUAGCAUUGUCGAUAUGUCUGGAUUGCUAGCUGUACAAAGACUACUGCCUCCCUAGCUGAACUGAGCAGAACUCAGCUACACCCAGACUAGCAGCAGGAGGAUCAUGGGGUCAAAUGUUUGUGAUAUUUCAGUACUUGUGUAACUGUAGUUUGAUCUCCACGGCAAAGAAAGGGAAGCAACUCUGCUAAAGGAAUGGCUUGCAGACCUCUACAAAGUGUAGCGGCAGGUUGCCUGGACUGGGAGGAGCCUGAUCACAUGCUCCAGUUACCUCUCAUAAGGAACUACACUAAGCAUUAUAUUUGUUGAUUAUCUCAGGCAGCUGUAGGGACAAUAAGUCUACCAACGGCUCAAGUGGAAGCCAUUUUGUGCUGAUUACAUGAUGAUCACAUGACUUGAUCACAUGACUUGAUCACAUGAGAGGCACAUGACUCAGGCCCUGCCUUACAGAGUAUUAUGAGGAACGAGUGGAAAUACCUACUUACCUGACAACCAAAUGCAGCUAUCCUUGCAUACUGAACUUGCAACCUAAUUGAGUUAUGCACAUGAAAUUUCUGUUAACUUUGUUAGACUUAUUGUAUAUUUUUAUGAGUUAGUAACCAACUAGUAACCGCAGUAUGGCAUGCUGGUAAGUCAGGAUCAAUCACACAACUUUUAUUAUGAUAUUAUGAAUCAUCUACGAGUUUUUGUUCUUACCUCAUCCUGGAGUUCAUAUCAGAGGAUAUUGAUCGUCGGCUAGCCACAGGGGCAGGUACCUCUACAUAUCCCCUUUCCCCCUCCUAACCCCUCCGACCGUGUCGGUCAUCUGUCGACGCCCACCUCUCAGCUCUAACCACAGACGGGCAGAUACCUCUGACACAUAUCCCCUCCCCCCUCACCCCGUGUGUCAUGUCGAUGUCCAGCUUUCAGCUCUAGCCACAGACGGGCAGAUACCUCUGACACAUAUCCCCUCACCCCUCACCCCGUGUGUCAUGUCGAUGUCCAGCUUUCAGCUCUAACCACAGACGGGCAGAUACCUCUGACACAUAUCCCCUCACCCCUCACCCCGUGUGUCAUGUCGAUGUCCUGCUUUCAGCUCUAGCCACAGACAGGCAGAUACCUCUGACACAUAUCCCCUCCCCCCUCACCCCGUGUGUCAUGUUGAUGUCCAGCUUUCAGCUCUAACCACAGGUGGGCAGAUACCUCUGACGCAUAUCCCCCCCCCCCCCCUCACCCCGUGUGUCAUGUCGAUGUCCAGCUUUCAGCUCUUGCCACAGGUGGGCAGGUACCUCUGACACGUAUCCCCUCCCCCCUCAUCCCGUGUGUCAUGUCGAUGUCCAGCUUUCAGCUCUAGCCACAGGUGGGCAGGUACCUCUGACACAUAUCCCCUCCCCCCUCACCCCGUGUGUCAUGUCGAUGUCCAGCUUUCAGCUCUAACCACAGACAGGCAGAUACCUCUGACACAUAUCCCCUCACCCCUCACCCCGUGUGUCAUGUCGAUGUCCAGCUUUCAGCUCUUGCCACAGGUGGGCAGAUACCUCUGACACAUAUCCCCUCCCCCCUCACCCCGUGUGUCAUGUCGAUGUCCAGCUUUCAGCUCUAGCCACAGACUGGCAGAUACCUCUGACACAUAUCCCCUCCCCCCUCACCCUGUGUGUCAUGUUGAUGUCCAGCUUUCAGCUCUAACCACAGGUGGGCAGAUACCUCUGACACAUAUCCCCUCCCCCCUCACCCCGUGUGUCAUGUCGAUGUCCAGCUUUCAGCUCUAACCACAGGUGGGCAGAUACCUCUGACACAUAUCCCCUCCCCCCUCACCCCGUGUGUCAUGUCGAUGUCCAGCUUUCAGCUCUUGCCACAGGUGGGCAGAUACCUCUGACACAUAUCCCCUCCCCCCUCCCCUACCCACCCCGCAGGUCAUCCAUCGAUGUUGAGCUCGCAAAGCCUUCCUUCUCCACAUUGACUAGCUGUGGCCACUGUUUCACUGUCUGUUUAUAUGACAGUUUGUGUCUUUUGACCAUUUGAGAAGGUGGUUUGAUCUACCCCAAAGUGGCUCCCUACAUCUCUAAUUUGUAUCCGCUGCUAAUUCAAGCCCGGGGAGAAACACUGUUUUAGAUUAUUGAGCAAUGAGUAAAGGGAUUGUGUCACUUCUAGGGUUUUGUCUAGUAUAAACAUUAAAUCCUUUUUAUCGUUAUACGUCAUAAAAUCAGUGAAAUUAGAACUUGCAAAGCUGAAACAUUUUGCAAACCUUGAGUGGGAAAUAGGCAAUUCCAUAUUAGGAAUCUUUUCAUACAUUUGAUGCCCAAAUAAAUCCUUUGCUAUUUGUUCAUAACAAGAGGUUUAAGUUCAAACAAAUAAAUAAUUAAUUUGGAAUUUAAAAAGUAAUGGUACUCUUUUAAUGAAACCAUCGAUGUUCAGCUGUGAGUUGAAAUAUAUUAUCUCUGUCAUCUCAUUUUUUUCUAUUGAAAUUAUUGUGAAAUUGUCAACUUCCAACUCUUGUUGAACUAGUGCAGGUUUGUUUGCAGACACGUAGGACAACGUUCAGCUGGUUCGAAGUGAUUUGUUAGGCAAGUUUGCUAUUUACUUGUGAAUACUCUGAUUUGGUAGGGCCCGCGAAAUCCGACACUGAAGUUAGCACCCCUGAUUUCCUCAUAGGAACUGGUAUGCAUGUCAAAAUAAUAUAUAUAGAUGUCUAUAUAUAUAUAUGUUAGGUAUUGUCCUCUUAGGUCUUAUUAUUUUCAUUAAGUGAUUUGUUAGAAUUCUAUUUUGUUUUUAAUUGAUAAAUCCUGCCAUAUUGAUUUUAGAUGGGGGUCAUGUCAAAACUUUAAUUUAAAUAUUUCUUUUCAAUUUGAUUGGUUGUGGUGGCUAAGUGAUGGCUGAAACUCUUUAUGAUAUCCUUCAUUAGAACGCAUCAUGGCUCUAUUAAAGCUGUAUGUUUGUUUUUCUUUAAUGAGACAGUUCAGGGUGAUUUCUGAUUAAAUUAUUGUUCUGGCCAGACCUGAUUUAUGCCUUGUUGAAGAUUUUCUUUGAGUGGAAAGGAAUCACCUAGGAAACAGGUGGAUUGAUGGUGGAAUUUGGUUGAUUUUAAAGCUAAUUUAUAUUUUCUUUACAAAAGUGUUUCCUUAUAAUUUGAAAGAAACCAUUAACUAUGCUUAAAAGCAGCAUUUAAAUAACACCAGUCAAAAGAUAGUAUUUAGAUACAGUUUCGGGUAAAAUGUUGGAUCUACUUAUCUGUAACUCUUGACAAGACUACGGUCACACCCAGCCAUUGUUAAGAUAAUAGAUCCAUGCCUGAAGGCACUGUAAUUCACAGUUACUGAACUGGGCAUGAGUGCUAUAGGAUGCUAGUUAUUUGUAUAUUCCAUCUGUUGGUUGUGUUGAAAACAUACAGCAGUGUAUUGUGUUUGACUUGUGGAUAAACUGAUGUAAAGUUUGUUUUGACAUGACCCCACUAGGGGACUAUUUAUUAUUUCAACAUACCUCAACCCAACACAGUUACCUCAUACCUGAGUUGUCUCCCUUGGUUAGAUUUUCCCCCAUAUUUUGGCCCAAUCCGUGAGGGAUGAAACAUGAACUGAUGUAGUCCAUCUACGUACGUUUCAGUAUGGCUGACAAAUUCUGGAUGAAGUCUAGAGAACAAUAAACGUCAUUGAUAGAUUCUCUUGCAUCAAAGCAGGAGUUAUUUGUGUUAAAUGAACAUUUAUGCAAUUUGAAAAGUCAUUGAGUGAAAUGAAAUAUCAGUUCUCACCAACAAUGGUUUUCUCAUCAAAUGAAAAUGUACACAUAAUUACAUAAUUUAAGUCUGCGAUAACUUCUUGCCUAGUUUGCAUAAUGUCCAAUUUGGGGGAAUACUCUGCCCAAGGGGAGAUAACUCAGCCUUAUUUCACUGCUAUAAAUGCAUGCACAUUGAAACCUCCUUUUCAGAAUAUUGUUUUUGUUAUUGUCAUGGCAACUGGAUCCUUGAGUUUAGUUUUGUCUUCUGUGUUGUGCCAAUGUCAGGUCCGUCAGACUUUGUGGACCCAUGUUCUUCAUGUACUAUGCUGAUGUGUGAAAGAGUCUCUAUUUUUGUGACAUGUACAGUCCUAGCCAGUCUUUUUCUCCACAUGAUUGGUGUAUUUCUCUGCUAGUGUACCCCGCUUGCUAUUGCCGGCUCAUGUCCUGGUGCUGCUAUUGGCCUUGUUCACUCAUGGUUACCUCCCCUUGAUUCCAGUAGUUCUAGUCUUUGGGCCAUUUGACACUGAUUAUCUUCCCCUGACUCCCAUAGUUCCAAUCUUUGGGCCAUUUGACACUGAUUAUCUCCCCUUGACUCUCGUAGUUCUAAUCUUUGGGCCAUUUGACACUGAUUAUCUCCCCUUGACUCCCAUAGUUCUACUCUAUGGGCCAUUUGACAUUGAUUAUCUCCCCCUGACUCCCAUAGUUCUAAUCUUUGGGCCAUUUGACACUGAUUAUCUCCCCUGACUCCCAUAGUUUUACUCUAUGGGCCAUUUGACACUGAUUAUCUCCACUUGACUCCUGUAGUUCUACUCUGUGGUUAUAGCCACUUGAUUGCAGUAGCUAUGCUCCUUGGGCAAUGUGAUGCGUGGUUAUUUCCCAUGUUUUUAGUGGCUCUUCUCUCUGGGCCACUUUAGGUUACAUCCUCUAGAUUCCAGUUGAUAUAUUUAUGGACAGGUAUUAAAAUAAGCGUUGUCUUGUUUACUGAUCCUAAUUUUCAGUCGUAAGAAAUAUAUGUUUGAACCAUAUAUUUAGGAUUUCAGAAUGAGACCCAUAUAAAGUUGAGAACCUCCUUCCAUAAUUGGGGUUUCGGGGCAGAACCUGUGGUGGCCGUAAGAGGCGAACAAAUGGAUCAAUGCUCACAAAGUCAAUCACUGUAUUGCCCGGUCUAGACUCGAAUAUUUACAUGCCACCGUCAUAUGGCUGGAAUAUUGCUGAGUGUAGAGUUUAGGAUCUGGGUACUAUGUGGUAAAUGACAUAUUGUUCCAGGUAAUCCUUUAAUAUGAGAUAUCCAUAACAUUGAUGCUAAGUUCAUUCAAUUAGUGGCCUUCCUUUUCUGCUUAAAUUUCAAUUGAAGACCAAACAAACUGCCAUGUCAAAUGAACCACACCAAAAAGCAAACUGACACAGAACAAUAUUGUUUCAAGGUACAAGUGUCUCUGUAGUGAUGGUAUUCUAAAUAUGGUCCUGAACCUCACUAGAAAGCAAAAGCUUUAACCACUGGGCUACCCUACCGCCUCUUGAAACUCCUUGGAAGGUACAUGAAAGCACUUUAUUCUGAAGUGCUCUUUCCCUACUGCACUAUGUGGCUCUGUAAACAUUACAAUAAAGUACAAUGCAUAGCCAGUGACACUUUUUACAGUCAGUGUAUAGAUCUAUAGAAUUACCAGGUAGAAUCAAGAACUUUAGUACCCCGGAUAUAAUUGGUCUUCAGCAACCCAUGUUUGCCGUAAAAGGUGACUAUGUCAUUGUAUCCCAGUUGCUUGGAUCAAUGCUCAUGAUGUCAAUCACUGGAUUGUCUGGUCCAGACUCAAUUAUUUUCAGACCCCUGUCGUAUAGUUGGAAUAUUGCUCAGUGCGACGUUAAACAAGAAACAAACAAGAACUUUAGGAUAUCCAAUAAAAUCAUCCACUAAUGUUCAUCAAAGGGUUUUCUUCUGUUAAGUUAGUUUAAACAUAUUUUAUUUAAUAAUGGAAUGGAUUAAAUGGGAGUUAUCAACACCUAGUAGGCCCCCUCCAGAUGCAUUGGCAACAAAUAAAUAUGAUUUUCAAAAUUAAAGAACAAAAGGGAUGGCAAAGAGGAGGGUUGGUUGGUUGGUUUGUUUGUUGUUUAACGCCGCACUCAGCAAUAUUCCAGCUAUAUGACUGGGGGUCUGUAAAUAAUCGAGUCUGGACCAGACAAUCCAGUGAUUAAC